UCUAUUACUGUCCAGCAGGUGGCACUGCAGCACAUGUUUAGGUAGCAGCAACUUUGAUGACGGAAGUUCCCACCGAAGAAGAUGGUUCGGGUGAAGUCGAGGUAUUUGCUGUUGGAGGUCAACGUGACAGACAGGAGCCGCCUGUUGCUGCUGGAUGACCGAGCUGUGUUCAGGGCAGUGAAGGCUGCCGUGGCCCGCAUACAUGGAGACUACGGGGCGGCUCUCUGCAGCAUCAGGAUGUCUGUGAAAUAUCUGAAUGCUCUUACAGGCAUUGUGUUCCUGCGUUUCCCUAAAAUGUGUUACAAACUUCUCUGGUCUGCAUUGCCUUUCAUCACCUGUAUUGAAACCCAGGGGCAAAACAUCCCAUGUUUUCUCAACUGUUUACAUGUUGGAGGAACAAUUAGAACAUGCCAGAAGUUUCUGAUCCGAUAUCACACGCAGCAACUCCAUCGAAUUCUCCCUACAUGUAAAGAUGAAGAAGAGAAACAAGAGGUUCGCGAAGCACUUCUGAACUGCUCUCUUACUAGACAGAACAAGGAGGCAUCUGAGGAGGAGUAUGUCAGUGACGAAGAUGAAGAGGAAUCUUUCAGUGAGGAGAGGAAGAAGAGUGACUGCAUAGCAUGCAGUAAAUGAACAGCAGCAGAAGAUCUCUUUUUAGAUUUUUGUUUCUGCUCAAAGUUUUGUAUGGGACUGACAGAAAAGAAGCUGUGAAGUAUUUAUAAAAAUCCCUCUCUAGAAAUGGUUUACCCAAAAUGCAUUGGUUAAAAAAGAAACUGUCGGACUAUAUGUCUUUCUUCUUUAAUGGGAUUCAAUGUAGGUUUGUUACACUUUGUAACAAAUUAUUGGGCUGGCUCCUUUUAGAGCAAGUAAGCCUGUUUUAUCUUCAGAGCACCUUAACACUGUUUCUUUUUUGCUAUGCAGAUGAAGCUCAAAAGUGGUUUGGAAAGGAAGUUCUUAUUUUUCUAAUGAGUUUAUUAUGUAAUGUUUCAAUGGGCUGUAAAUGUUACGAUUGUUAUCAAGAGUGUUACCGUGCUCAUCUUUAUUUUGUGUACAUAUUAAAGUACUAUUUUGAAGAAACUAUAUACAA